AUGGGAAGGAGGCAUGGGGGAGGGGGAGGUGGCAUGAUGGAGGGGGAGGAGGCAUGGGGAGGAGAAUGCAUGAGGGAGGAGGAGGAGAAGGCGGGAGGGAGGAGGAGGAGAAGGCGGGAGGGAGGGAGGGAGGAGGACAAGGCGGGAGGGAGGAAGGCAUGGGGGAGGGGAGGGUGGCAUUGUGGAGCACUCCUAGUUGUUUAUGAAGGGUGACAUGACAUGUGAUGCGGUAAAUCGUUGAGCAGAACAUUUUCAUGCACAUGGAUGGACUCCUUGUUUUAACUACAAACAUUCAACCUCUGGUUUAGUGUAUUCUCACAAUGUUAGGAGAAAUGGCUUGAUAGUUUUGGUGUUUCUCUGCAAUUACGGUAGGUCUCUGUGAGGUCUGUGUGAGCAGCUGAAUGGAGGACUGUUUGGAAUGCCCUACACCCAACCAAUCGUUGUUCAUUUUGCUAGGAUGCCAAUGUCCAUUUUUGUUAUACAGCUCUGGAAAAAUUAAGAGACCACUGCAAAAUUAUCAGUUUUUCUGGUUUUACUAUCUAUUAUUUGCAGAAAAUGACAACUGGUCAAAAUAACAACAAAUAUGCAGUGUUGUCAGACCUCGAAUAAUGCAAAGAAAAGAAGUUCAUGCUCAUUUUUAAACAACACAAUACUAAUGUUUUAACUUAGGAAGAGUUCAAUAUUUGGUGGAAUAACCCUGAUUUUCAAUCACAGCUUUCAUGCGUCUUGGCAUGCUCUCCACCAGUCUUUCACAUUGAUGUUGGGUGACUUUAUGCCACUCCUGGUCGCAAAAAUUCAAGCAGCUCGGCUUUGUUUGAUGGCUUGUGACCAUCCAUCUUCCUCUUGUUCACAUUCCAGAAGUUUUCAAUGGGGUUCAGGUCUGGAGAUUGGGCUGGCCAUGACAGGGUCUUGAUCUGGUGGUCCUCCAUCCACACCUUGAUUGACCUGGCCGUAUGGCAUGGCGCAUUGUCAUGCUGGAAAAACCAAUCAGAGUUGGGGAACAAUGUCAGAGCAAAAGGAAGCAAGUUUUCUUCCAGGACAACCUUGUACAUAGCUUGAUUCAUGGGUCCUUCACAAAGACAAAUCUGCCUGAUUCCAGCCUUGCUGAAGCACCCCCAGAUCAUCACUGAUCUUCCACCAAAUUUCACAGUGGGUGCGAGACACUGUGGCUUAUAGGCCUCUCCAGGUCUAUUCUAACCAUUAGACGACCAGGUGUUGGGCAAAGCUGAAAAUUGGACUCAUCAGAGAAGAUGACCUUACUCCAGUCCUCUACGGUCCAAUCCUUAUGGUCUUUUGCAAACCUCAGACUGGCUCUUCUUUGCUUCUCAUUGAUGAAGGGCUUUUUUCUAGCUUUGCACGACUUCAGCCCUGCCCCUAGGAGCUUGUUUCGAACCGUCCUCGCCGUGCACUUCACCCCAGCUGCCGUUUGCCAUUCUUUUUGUAGGUCACUUGAUGUCAUCCUACGGUUGUUGAGUAACAUUCGAAUGAGUUGGCGGUCAUCCCGGUCAGUAGAGAGUAGUUUUUGCCCUCUGCCGGUCUGUAGCUUUGUUGUCCCCAAUGUCUGCUGCUUGAACUUGUUCUUAUGAACCGCCUUCAUUGAAAUGUUAAGGAUGGAAGCAACCUGACGCUCACUUUAUCCCUCUGCCAGUAAAACCAGAAUUGAACCCUUCUUUUCCUCACUCAAAACUUUCCUUUUCAACUCUUUUGGCAUGGUCAAUAGUUCUUUUUUGAUUAAUAUUACUUUUGAUGUACUAUUAGUGUCACGCCCUGGCUCUGGGGACUCUUUAAUGUUGAGCCAGGGUGUUAGUUUCUAUGUUUAGUUUUCUAGGUUUCUGUUCUAGAUCGUUGUAUUUCUAUGUUGGCCAGGGUGGUUCCCAAUCAGAGGCAGCUGAUUCUCGUUGUCUCUGAUUAGGAACCAUACUUAGGCAGCCUGUUGACACUUUUGUAUUGUGGGAUCUUGAUCCGUAAGGUUUGUGUUUAACCCUAGGACUUCACGUAUCGUUUAUUGUUUUGUUCGUGUGUGUACUCAUUAAAAGAAUGUACGCUUAUCACGCUGCGCCUUGUUCCGCUUCUUAUGACGAUCGUGACAGAAGAUCCCACCAAAGAAGGACCAAGCAGCGUGUUCAGGAGCAAACGCCGGGUAAGGAACUGGAGAAGUUGGCGAUGUCCCAGGUGGGCGAAUGGUGGUCUUGGGAGGACAUGUUCGCGGGCAGAGGGCCAUGGGCAAAAGUUAAGGCCCUGGCGAGAGAGGAGGUUCGGCGCCAACCGUGCCGUCGUCGGACAGGCGAGAGGCAACCCCAAGUAAUUUUUUGGGGGGGGCACACGGCAUGGACGACGGGGCUGCUGGAGGCCACCAGGUUACGGGGGCCAUUGGUCAUGAGGGGGAAGGAGAGUGUAGAGGCACGGCGAGAGGUACUGGGGUGUGUUACCAGUCCGUCCGGCCCGUUCCUGAUCCCCGCACAAGGCCAGUGGUGUGUGUUCCCAGUACGGUCCGGCCUGUUCCUGUCCCUCGCACCAAGCCUGUGGUGCGCCUCGCCAGCCCGGUCCGGCCUGUUCCUGCUCCCCGCACCAAGCCUGUGGUGCGCGUCGCCAGCCCGGUCCAGCCUGUUCCUGCUCCCCGCACCAAGCCUGUGGUGCGCGUCGCCAGCCCGGUCCGGCCUGUUCCUGCCCCUCGCACCAAGCCUGUGGUGCGCGUCGCCAGCCCGGCCAGGCCUGUUCCUGCCCCUCGCACCAAGCCUGUGGUGCGCGUCGCCAGCCCGGCCCGGCCUGUUCCUGCCCCUCGCACCAAGCCUGUGGUGCGCGUCGCCAGCCCGGCCCGGCCUGUUCCUGCCCCUCGCACCAAGCCUGUGGUGCGCGUCGCCAGCCCGGCCCGGCCCGUGCCUGUUCCACCUGUGCCUGGUCCGGCACCGGUCAGCUGCUCCACGCCAGAGCAAUCCGCUCCACUGGUGUUCAGUCCAGCUCCGGCGAGCAGGGCCAGACCACGAGGGCGAGAGAGAGAGUGAUGGUCACGCCCGGAGCCGGAUCCGCCUCCGAGGCGGAAUGCCCACCCGGCCCAUCCCCUGUUGGGUUUAGUUGGCGCGGUCGCAGUUCGCGCCUUUGGGGGGGAGGGGUACUGUCACGCCCUGGCUCUGGGGACUCUUUAAUGUUGAGCCAGGGUGUUAGUUUCUAUGUUUAGUUUUCUAGGUUUCUGUUCUAGAUCGUUGUAUUUCUAUGUUGGCCAGGGUGGUUCCCAAUCAGAGGCAGCUGAUUCUCGUUGUCUCUGAUUGGGGACCAUACUUAGGCAGCCUGUUGGCACUUUUGUAUUGUGGGAUCUUGAUCCGUAAGGUUUGUGUUUAACCCUAGGACUUCACGUAUCGUUUAUUGUUUUGUUUGUGUGUGUACUCAUUAAAAGAAUGUACGCUUAUCACGCUGCGCCUUGGUCUGCUUCCUACGACGAUCGUGACAAUUAGCACUGUUUUUACCAUCCAGCUGGUCCUAUUGCAAGAGGAUAGUGAUGACCACAGCAGUGGUUUUUAUACUUUUCCUCGUUAAAUAAGAUUUGUUUCAGGUGAUCACCUAAUCAGUACCUAAUUCAGUAGAUGAGGUGUGCCUGUGUUGGAAUUCAACAGACACUGGAAUGGAAUGGCUGUCAUACAUGUAGAGAUGCUGAUUUAAGAAAAAUUUGCAGUGGUCUCUUAAUUUUUUCCAGAGCUGUAUUUAAUACUGUGUGUUUACACUAAACAGACAAUAAAGCUUCAGAACAUUAAACUUUUAAUUGUUGACGUCUGCGUCCUGCAGGUCUGAAGGAGAAGUGUGUGGACAGCCUGGUGUUUGAGACGCUCAUCCCCAAGCCCAUGAGCCAGCACUACAUCAGCCUGCUGCUAAAACACCGCCGCCUCAUCCUGUCUGGGCCCAGCGGCACCGGCAAGACCUACCUCACCUCCCACCUGGCAGAGUACCUGGUGGACCGCAGUGGCCGAGACCUCACUGACGGUAUCGUGGUCACCUUCAACAUGCACCGCCAGUCAUGCAAGGUGGGGACAGGACCAUGUGCCAUACAUACGGCAACACGGUUCCUCACUCCUAGUUUUACAGAGGAGCUAUAGGAUGUGCAGGGUUUUGUUUCAGCCCAGUACUAGUAAUAGACCUGACCCAGCUCAUUAUAAACUAAUCAUUUAGGCUAUCACUAAUCAUCAGAUGUGUUAGUGCUGGACAGGCACAAAAGCAUGUACACCUUACAGCUCAGGACCAAGAGAAAGCAGUCAUCUGUCAUGGGGUUUGUGAUUUAACACCAUACAUCUAUAGCAUGACUUCUCUCCCUCUCCUCCCUCUCAACAGGAUCUCCAACUCUACCUGUCCAACCUGGCCAAUCAGAUCGAUCGGGAAACCAGCACCGCUGAAAUCCCAUUGGUGGUCAUCCUGGAUGAUAUACAUGAUGCCACUUCCAUCAGUGAGCUUGUCAAUGGGGCCCUCACCUGCAAAUACCACAAAUGGUGAGCGGACUAACACACUGAACAGAAGCUGAAAUGGAACCUUUUAUCAAACAUCUAUAGCGACAUUUCUAGUAAAGGAUUGUUUCUAGUCUGAACUGAUGAUUCUGUCUAUUUCAGUCCUUACGUCAUUGGAACUACCAACCAGCCAGUGAAGAUGACCCCAAACCACGGCCUGCACCUCAGCUUCAGGUAAUUGAAGAGACAAAUCAUGUUUUAUUUUUGUUCUGACCCAGCCUUAAACCACCUCUUUGAAGGCUAUAUCCCUGCCAUUAAUCUAUGCUUUGAUGCAUAUUUAAAUUAGGAUAUUGGCCGUCUAAUAUAUAGGUACAUUAGAUAAUGUGCUUUAGGAUAUGUACAGCAUGUCCUGACCUUUGACCCUCCCCUGACCCCCAGGAUGGUUACCUUCUCCAAUAACGUGGAGCCAGCCAAUGGCUUCCUGGUGCGUUACCUGCAUAGGAAGUUGAUGGAGGCGGAGGACGAGAGGAGCCUGGCCAACGAGGACCUCCUCAGGGUGCUGGACUGGGUGCCCAAGCUGUGGUACCACCUGCACACCUUCCUGGAGAAACACAGCACCUCCGACUUCCUCAUCGGUAGGAAAACAUUCUGUUUUAAGGGAGAAAUAAUACAGGAAUGUAAAGUUAGAUCACACUUUAUUUGGAUAGUCCCCUGUGGAUGGUCUACAGAUCUAAAUCUACAUACUAUCCAAAAUAAAUAAUACCUAAAGUUAGUUAGAUAUUGGUGACCUGUUUGUAGUCUAUGGUCACAGACUGUGUGUUUGAUUGGAUGUGGUCAUUGAAAGAUAUCUUUAAUAUGAUUUAUUCUCUCUUUAUUUCCUGUGUCUCUGUCUCUGUGUCUCUGUCUCUGUGUCUCUGUCUCUGUCUCUGGGUCUCUCUCGCUGUCUCUCUCUCGGUCUCUCUCUCUGUCUGUCUCUCUUCUCUCUACCUCUCUCUAGGCCCGUGCUUCUUCCUGUCCUGUCCUGUGACUGUGGAGGAGUUCCGCUCCUGGUUCAUUGACCUGUGGAACCUCUCCAUUAUCCCCUACCUGCAGGAAGGAGCCAAGGAUGGCAUUAAGGUCAGACAUGUUUUAUUAUCCCGGUAGAUCAAUUAUAGCCUGGUCCCAGAUCUGUGCUGUAUCGCCAAUUCCUAUUGUCAUUGCCACGUCAAGCAUUUAGCGUAACGGCAUAACCAGAUCUGGGACCACCCUAGAUGAAUUACAGGUUUGUCCUGAAAAAAAGUGGAUAGGACAGUGGUUGGGUCAGUGUAUGACGGUGUUGUGGCUUUGUGCCACAGGUGCAUGGUCAGAAGGCAGUGUGGGAGGACCCAGUGGAGUGGGUGAGGGGCACCCUACCCUGGCCCUCAGCCCAACAGGACCAGGCCAAGCUGUUCCACCUGCCUCCCCCCAGCAUGACCUCUGGAGGCCCCGGCCAGCCCAGCGAGGCCUCAGCCAGGCCUCUUAAUAAGGAGACCCCACCCAGCUCCAUGGACACCCUGGACCCACUGGUGAGACACUCGUCUUCCCAUUCAUGUACCCUAGGGGUAGGCAACUGUGGUCUCGGAGGUCCCACAGUGUGUGUAGGAUGUGGUUGUAGUCCAGCAACGAUACACCUGAUUCACCUAAUAGUGGCCAAAUAUGAGGAGCAUUAUUUGUUGAUUAGUUGAAUCGGGUGUGUACAGCACGAGCUGGGCUGGAGCAAAACCCUGACACACACUGUGGGGCGCCUGUUUCCCAGCCCUGCUGUAAGGCCUUCUCUGGCCUUGUCUGUGUCUCAAUUCUAUUACUGUAUGUGCUUGGAAGGAAUCUUAGUCACCAUACUAGUAUAG